AUGUCUGACCAGAACACCUGGGAGCUCUUAUAUAACAGACUUGUAAACACACACACAGAUUCCCUUCCAUACUCCCCACAGAAAAAGCGUGUUUCCGGGAAGUCCGACGUUAGAGCAGAGUUGAUUCUGUGUACCCUCUGCAAUUCAAUCAUUCUCAUUAGUCGAUUGACAGAUCACUUUCGUCGACUUCACAAACAGAUUGGUACCCCAGCUACAGAUUUAUGUUUUGCUGCUUCACCGCCACAUUCGUGUUCAGAGCGCAGUCUUUCAUUUAAACGCCAACACUCCGAAGAUCUUCAGACUUUUUCCACAAAAUCUACCAACCUGGAACCCUCAAACACCUACCGCCACGACAUUCUACAGGAGUGCUUCCCACAAAGUUGGAAUCACGAUGAAGAUCGUGGUAGAAACACUUCAACUGCCUUCAAUGCAUCCAACGUUGUCUCGGGAAUUGAUAUUUCUGUGGAGAUGCCUGAGAAUGCCCAAACGGAGGAAGGAAAUAAUAUGUCCACGGCACCGGAUUUCUUUGAUUUCUAUGAUAUCUUUCCUGACACCUCGGAUAUAUGUGACGACACGACCGUUAAUAACAUGUCGACUUCCUCGGUAACUGGGAAUGAGAUCAACUUUGCCGAUCUUAAAGAAUCCAAUGCCUACUUUAAUGAUCUUUUGCAUUCCACCACGCAGGACAUUGAUGCCGAAAAACUACCUAGCGCUAUAGUCUCUCAUCGAAAUCAGCGACCUCCAUCUCAGUCGAUGAAUGCUUAUCUGUCAACAUUGAAUGAGUCGGAGCCGUACCUAGCCGUUGGUCGAUCAGAAAAUUCUGACGGUCAUUCUCACACUCUCGAAACUCCUUCGCCGGAUUUCUUUACUCUUCCUUCGGCUUCAUCUUCCUCGACGUAUUCAGUGGAUUCUAGUGUGUUCAAUAAUGCCGAAGCCAGUUCUCAAUCCCAUACUAACGCCUGUUAUCCAGAUCCGUCCGUAUACGCCAAAAAUUAUGAGAAUAAAUCCCCUCCAACUUCCAUGCCGAUUUUGGUGAGAUUCAACAAUUCUACUCCAGUUCGAAUGCAUGGGGAAGCAGACGUGGAAGUUGAACAAGCAGUUGCAUCUAUCGUUGACCUCGAUGACGAAAAUUCAGCCAAGAAAACCAGUGAUCAAGAUCCACUCUCUGCACAGACUCAAGAUGAGCAGAAAGUCGAUGAAAAACUCCCAAUCUUAUCUCCUAUGAACACGAUGGUGAAUAGUGUCUCCGAUCCACCAGCAUCAAAUGGAUGGAUGGAUAACAGCGCUGUAGGUGGAAAUGGCACUGGUGAUAUUGAUUGGGAAAUUUGGGAUUCUCUUGAACUCCCUCCCUGCGAUUAUGCUGAUGGGGAUACGGGCGAGUCUCUCCCUCUGCUCAAACCGACUGAUCUUUUCUCGAGCUUGGAGCCCUAUUUAUCGGAGCCCAAUGAAUCUCAAGUGACCUAUGAGGUCUCUAUGUCCAUGGAAACUUAUCAACUCCAACAACAACAGCAACAGCAGCAGCAACAACAACAGCAUUAUCAACAGCAGGAACAAACUCAACUCCAAGAGCAACAGAUACAUAUUUCACAACCCGUUUACCCGGUCGAACAGCCUAAACCCACUCAUGCUACUGUCAGUAGUCCAAUUGAGCAACAAGUGAUAAAGCCCAUAGCCACAAUGGCAGAAACCAAGACUACCAAAAGUGAGGGAAGCUCGCGUUCAAGACGCUCGGCGGAUAGUAUGAAUGGAUCUUUACCUCUACAUCUAUACUACUGA